ACAGCUAAAACAUUAAAAAUGACGGCACAGACAAGAGUCCGUCCGUAGCCGAAAAGAGAGAAGAAAGCGACGUUUAAUGCGAGGCGAGAGAGAGAGAAGCAAAGCGCCGCCAAAUCCAAAGCCGGCGAGAUUGGAAACAAUCUCAUCGUUCGCCACCGCUUCGCUAUAGAAGGAAGAGCAGAAAAGCGAAUUGCUCGGUCUCGUUAGAUCCCGCUUACUCCGCCGUCUGCUCUGUUCUGCAUCCACGAGCUCAAAUCAAACACCUUAGUCACGUUCUUUUCCAUCAACCAGUUUAAAGAUGAACCCAAAAACUAAUGCACCGAUACAGAGAGGUCAGAAGUUAAAUCAUGUGCAUCAGGAAGGGAUAAACUGGGUUCUUAUUGCAGGCAGCGCAUUGCUGAGCGCACUAACAAUAAAGCUUGGAUUUAAGGUAAGGCAAGCCUUUGAAACAAGGAGACAAAAUCUUGCAAAUCAAGAUGCUAGAUCUAUAUCCAAAAAAAGUAUGGGAGCUUGCAAGGUGCACAGAAAUCUACAUAACUUAAAUCAUGUUGAGGAAGUUUGUAAUUUCUGUCUCUCAGUUGUUACCAAGCAUCCUAAUAGCUUAGUAAAGAAUGCUUCAGAUGUCUCUCUUCCAUUAGUUGAAAUCCCAUCUGAAGAACCAAAUAAAGGUAGCGGAAGUAUGUUGUGGAUAUCAUCUCCUGAUUGUCUUGAGAUGCCUAGGAAGCAGUUGCACCACUCGAACAGCUCGGAUUCCCCUUGUGUCUCUGAAUCUGGAUCUGAUGCCUAUAGCAAAAGGGAGGUGAUACAAAAACUGCGGCAGCAAAUUAAGAGACGGGAUGAGAUGAUAAUGGAAAUGCAGGCCCAAAUAACAGAACUUCAGAAUUCUCUCAAUAUUCAAUUCUCCCAAUCAGCACAUAUGCAGGCUCAACUAGAUUGUACCAGUAGGGAUUUGUUCACUUCUGAAAGAGAGAUCCAGCAAUUGAGAAAGGUCAUUGCUAAUCAUUGUCUGUCAGAGUCUGUCUCCUCUGAGAAACCAGUAGACGCAAAAAAUGGCCAUCAAGAAAUGGCCAAUGGGUUCACAAAUGGGUACGCUGAUAGCAUUGAUGAUAUAGAAGUGAACUGUGUCAGAGUAGUGAAAGGUAACAUCGAAAGAGAGAGGAUAGAGAUGUUGAAGAAGCAAGUGCAAGAGCUCAAGGAAGUCAUAGACGGGAAGGAUUUCUUGCUCCAGAGAUACAAGGAGCAGAAGGUCGAGCUAUGCUCGAAGAUAAAGGAGUUGCAGCAAAAACUCGCUGCACAGGUACCAAAUAUUUUGUAGGCCUUUCUGGUAGAAGGAUCGUGUUUUUCUCAGUUCAGGUUUUGUUGGUAUUGCAAUUCCUUUCUUCAAAUUUGAUGUUUGUAUAUAUAGUUGUCUCAUGCAGUUGAUUGUUUUUUUUUUUUGUGCAUUAUGCAACUUUGAUGACUUUAGGGGACAGAGAGUGAGGUAAUAUGGUAAGUGGAAUGAAAGACUUCACUUUCUAGACAAUACAUUCAUUUGCUAUC